UUUUCGCCAGUGUGAGUUUCACUAUGGCGAAGGAAUAAACAAAUAGAACGUCAUGGCUAGCAAAGCAGCAGUGACGGUGAACGCAUCUCUCCGUUAACCGUAACACCACUUAGGGAUAGUUCAGUGAGUGGUUUUUGCAAGGUGUGCUCUGGUUGUGUUUGUUUGUAUGUGCGGUCGCGACACGGAUGCUGUCAGUGCCAACAGUGAUGAAAAGAGCGAGAAUAGUUUGUUUGUUCACGCUGAACACCUCAGUUUUAGCAGCCGGUGAUACAGGCUAGCCGUCGGUGGACGCACCAGACCUUUCAGCGCUUUUCAACGGGUUUCUCGGCUAAAAAUGGAGAGAGGUGACCGCUAACCCAGCGACGGUUAGCAUAUAAUAACACUUUUCUUUUUUAAUUCGUGGGCUCGCAUUUUCUCUGUUGUCGUUAAAAAUGUUAACAGGAUCUAAAACCACAUUCAAAGUGAGACAAAUGCUCCCAGAUAUCAAGGAGAGGAUGCUGAAUCAGAGUGGGCUGAACGCACAGAGUCGAGAUGUGUUUGGAUUACGCUGCCUACCAGGUGAGUGUGUACUUCAGAGAGCUGUUAUGGUGAGGAAGAAGUUGACUGCCAGGGAAGGAAGAGGUUGGCUGUCAGGAACUCUCUACUGUACUCACUUCAGAGUGGUUUUUGUGCCCCAAGACAGUCCCAAUCCUGACGACAAUGCAGACCUGGUGCUUUUAGGAGAUCAUGACGUGGCUUUGGCAUCUAUAGAGAAGGUUGUGGUCGUGGGCCCAAACAGGACCAAGCUAGUGACCCCAAACUCCUCACUGAAGUUCACUCCAGAGGAACUAGUGCUUUACUGCAGGGACAUGCGAGUCAUCUGCUUCCUGUUUGACCGCCUCACUCCUGACCCACAGGUCAUAGAGAUAACCUACACCAUCGCCAAGACCUACCAGCCUCUCAAACCAGGCUCAGUUCUGUCUUUCCAGAAUGCCGCCCUUGGGAGUGUAGAAAUGAAGCAGUUUCUAAGCAACCGCCGCCGAGACGCCCACAUGAACUGGUUUGAUUCUACCUCAGAUUGGGAGCAAGAGCUGGAGAGGUGUGGGGCCAGUGGCUGGAGAGUCAGCUCAGUCAACGACCGCUUUGAAAUGUCCACCAGUCUGCCGAGGUUCAUUGCGGUCCCACAGAAGGUUUUUGACACUGAGCUGAAGAAAAGCUUUGCCCACUUCAAUGAAGGACGCAUCCCUCGCUGGUGUUGGCGACACCCCCGAGGUAGUGAUCUGCUGCGAAUGGCAAGCUUCCAGAACAACAUUUAUCAUGAGAAAGAUGAUAUCAGAAACUUGGAGAUGAUCCUGUUUGGUUGCCAGUCCUCUCUGUGUGUGGUGGUGGAGCUCGGCGAGGAGCUGCCCUCACCUGCUGACAUCCAGCUGGCACACAGCCGCCUGCGCACCCUCUGUCUGGGAGAUAUCUCCACAUCUGUGUCAGUGCCUGAUGACAAAUGGUUAUCUACCCUGGAAAGCACCCACUGGUUAGACUACACCAGGUCCUGCCUGAGGAAAGCUUCAGAGGUAGCCUGCUUGCUUCGUGGUGGUCACCUGACUGUGGCGCUGCAAGAGCCAGAGGACCGGGACAUGAGCUGUGUGGUGUCCAGCCUGGUGCAAGUGAUGUGUGACCCCCACUGUCGGACCCAGCAUGGUUUCCAGAGCCUGGUGCAGAAGGAGUGGGUAUUCUACAGCCGCAUCAACUACCACCGCGACAACGACAAGGAGGAGGCUCCAGUCUUCCUGCUCUUCCUGGACUGUGUGUGGCAGCUGUGGUCCCAGUAUCCCUCUCUCUUCCAACUGACAGAUGACUUCCUAUUGGCCCUGCACGACAGUGUCCACCUACCACUUUUCUCUACCUUCCUGGCCAACUGCCAGCGAGAGAGAUGCAAACCGUCACAGAACCUUGGACAGUCCUACACACCUGUCAAUGGCUGGAGAGACACGCUUCAUCCAGAUUCUUCCUCAUAUCCGUCCGACCCUCCUUUGCCCCCAGUGUGGGAUUGGUCACUACAGUACAGCAAACAGAGACAAGAAUGCUUCACCCACCCUGUCCCCCCGACCCCUCCACUGCAACCUCUUCUCAAUGGAAACCUCAACACCAACCCAGACAAGCACAGGGUGACUGACACCAUCCCCGGCUCAGUCGUCCUCCUCUCUCGAGGCGUCUUCUCUUGUCCAGCUAAUCUGCUUCCCUGGCGCAACAGCAGCUCAGGCAUUUACAAGAAGAGCCACCGGAGGGCACCGUCAUCUGAGAACGUGCCUGGCCUGGAGAGGCUGCUGAAAGCUUGGGCCUUGACUGAGUUUCCCCAGGUCCUCACUUCUACCUGUGGACCUCAAGCACCACUUGAUCCCUAUGAGCCCUUACUGCCCCUCCUUAUGGUGCCCUGCAUGGGCUUGUGGAAGGAAUGCUACCUCCGGGGGGCCCUCCAUGCACAGGCGUUCUCCCACCCCAUCUCCACCAACCACCUCCACCCUGUGGAGCGACUAGCCCAGGAGGUGCAGCAGCUCAAAGACAAGCUAGCACAAGUAUCCACCAGCACAGAUACGAACCCACCCACAAAGCCAGCUGAGCCCCGAAAUGCUGACACCAAUCUGAAUCAAAACACCAACAAUGGCACCUUCCUCUUCCCAGCAUCAAGGCCUCAGGGCAUGGGUGCACCCAAAGCGGCACCCUCUCCUACCUCCACCACCCAGCACAACUCCAGGGGCCCUACGCCCUCCUCAGCCCCACCAUGUAGGCCCAGCCACAAGGACAAUGGUGGCAGCAACAAGCACACUUUCCUGUUUGGGCACUCCUCAGUAGCAGAGACCCGCCCUGACCAGCGCUACUACCCAGCACCCAGCAAUGCCAAACCACCUAAGAGCAAAAGCUCGAUAGCCUCCUGAGGUCUGGCCUUGGCCUUUACUGUUUUCAUAUAAGUUACAGGCUGCUCCACAUCAUGACGGGGUUCUACAACCAUCUCAGCUGCCUGCACACUAUGAAACUAAGCAGUCGUUUGCUGGUAUCAUUUACUGAGGAGAUGCAGGUGUGUGUUUUCUGACAAACCGUAUUUAAUCAUGUAAGGUGAUAAGACAUGAAGCGGGUCUCUGUGGAGCACAGUGAACCGUAGUGUGAAAUAAUACGUGCGAGAGCUCUGGACUCUGCUUUUCAUCACCUGUACUGUAUUAAAAAGUGUGACAACUGUUUUGUACAUUUGUUAAAAAAAAGAUAUAGUAUUCAUUGUUCCUUUAAUGAAAUGGAUCUGUUUGCAGUGAAGCAAAGAGACAAACCAAGGGCUGAAGAUGCCAACUCCUAAAGCCUCAUAAUCAUGCACGCCCUGUACUAUAUUAAAAUGCAGUAGAGACUGUCAUUAUACAUUUAUGUUACAUCACCCUUCAGGAAAGAAAGUGUGUAGUAUCCACUUUUAGGUUCUUAUCCUAUAUGGGUACAAUGUCAGGGCAGGACAGAGACUGUGGUGUCCUGAGGUGGUUCUUAAGGGCGCUUUGACAAGAUGUAUGGCAGCAACUGGAAAUGCAAGCACCAUGUCUUCAGACCUUUUUACAACAGGCUCUUUAGCCCUUCAUGACAUCACACAAAUGUGAAAAGCACAUUUAAUUACUAGUUUGUAGUAGAACAUUGUUUGGAAAAUGAUCAUUUCUGCACUAGUCACGUGUGACCAGUGACUUGAAUGUGGAAUUUGGGGCAUGAGAGCUAUUUUUGUACUGCUCUCAUAUCUCUCCACUUGCAUGCAUGGUUGGCAGCACCAAGAGGCCUAUAUUAACUUCAGUGUUACGUUAGCCUUCAUGUGUCCACACGUGGCCACGGUCACUGAGUAUUAUUGCAGUAUGUAACUCAUUUUCUGCGUGACUGAAAUCCUCUUGGGGUUUAGUCAUAUAAUUUCACCUUUCAAGUAUUUUUGACCAUUGUCAGUCAAUUUUCUAGUGACCAAAUGUAUUAUUUUGAAUAGUCUCCAUCAUUUUGUGGUGGAACUACAAAACAAACCUUCAUUCUGCCUUGUUUUGAUUGCCAUACCUUGAAAGGGUACCGCUGUUGGAAGCAAAGGGAAGCUUGUUUCCUCCUGUGUUUACUUUGAACUUGAUCUUUUUUUUUUUUCCUGCCCGGUGGUGUAUUAGUAUGCAGCCAGCAUUUAGGUCAAGGACUUGGAAGCGUCUGGCUGUUUUAAAAGCACAGAGGGAAGAUGUGGUCCUGUGCCUUUAAAUCCAAAUAGGUUGUCGUUCGCAUGAUGUGGGUGUCUAGUGGAUGUACUGGCGUCAUUCCCAUGGAUGAAUGAAUUUGCACCAUUACGUAUUUGAAAAAGCAUGUUUUUCUAAAUAUUUUCAGGCAGCAUGUCUGACUGAUGCCGACUUUCUUAUGUCAAAUGGUACCUCACUUGAUAGCACUAUGAAUUAUUAAAUUGUUGUAAAUAUUCACAUUCAUAUCAAGGCACAUUGAUAUCAGCUAUAAUUUCAGAGCUUUCCAGGUGUGAUGCCAAGACAUUUCCUUAUCUUCCAUGGAAAAAAAUACAAGGUUUUUAUUUUCCUGUUUGCAUGGAAAGUCUAAUUUGAUCUUGUUCCUCACCUGUUGGUCUGUAUCAUUGUAUAAUUUAAUGUUUUUGGUACAAAGUUGACUUAAAUUUGCCAGAUGUACAUAUGUUUUUUAUCAGCAUGCUUUGAUCCUGAUAGUGUUGUCAGUUUAUAAACUCUUAAGUUGUUCAUAAUAUGAAUCAGUUCCACAAAAAUAAAACGAUCCCUACUCAUUCACUGUUCACCAACUUUAAUUUUUAGCAAAAUAAAUAUUUACAAUAUGAUCUGAAACACUUAAAAAGUUGCAUGGCACUGUACAACAGAAUUAAAAUUUAAAAUCCAACCAUCUUUAAUGGUGUGUACACAGAAUAAAUUUGAAAAUUGUGUGCAAAAUGCUCAUUACUUUCACAGGAAGUGUACAAAAUAAGAACUCACUUGACAGAAAAUGUUAAAUAUACAAAAUAUCUACUGCACAGUUAACUUCGCGUAAAGCUCUGGUUUUGGUCUCUCGAGUAUCCAACGCCAAGUCCAGUUGACUGAAGCUUAGUGUUUUAACUGAUCUGUGUCUUCAUACACAAGUAGGCAGAAAACCUGCACGCUGUUAAAAAUACGAAUGUGGUGUUUUUCUUGUUGUUUCACUACACUCUGGGGUAAAACAUAGAGAUAUGUGAGAGACCUCUCUUCCAUAUUUGUUAUGAUGGUGUGUGAGUUUGCAGCGGUCUACUGAGAUGCAUUUUGACACUUCAAACCUACAGAUGCUAGUGUCAUGCAUUCUCAUGUUUCAUCUGAUUACCACGAACAGAGCAAGAGAGAUGGAUUAAAGUAGGAUGACCACUGGCUGUAGUCCACAGUCACCAUGUAUUUAUUAUGGCAGUGCGUUAAAGAUCAACCACGCACCAGACACCAAAAGAUUUAAGUCCAUUGUUAGAGGAGAGAACCAUCGUGUUCACCCCCACUGACUCUCGUGCUCCUUCCCUGUAUGCUGCUGCUGCAGGAUGCUGUAGGGCCCAUAGAAGUACCCAGAGGAGGACGGUCCCAGGCCUCCCAGCUGCCGGAUGGACUUGCACAUGGGGCAGGGGUAGUCGGACAGGCCUUCGAUGUCCUCGAAGGCCAGGUUGACGAUCUGGUCGCAGCAGGGGUCGCAGAAGAGGUGGCCGCACGAGAGGCGCUUCAGGCGGGCUUCAAAGGAGAUACAACUCUGGCAGUGUGGCAGGGCGGGGCCCCC